CACUUGUCAACUGUCAUCUUGACGGACAUCCCUUUUGAGAGCUCCGUCUCAUAUUCUGGCAUGUGGCCAUUCUUUCAAUACGAGCUGUUGUAUCGCCCUGUUGGUGAUGAUUAGGGACGGACUCCUCGUUCAACCCAGUUAGACCAGUUUUUGAGUCAUACCAGAUGUCCCAGAUCAUCGAUGCUCUCGACUCGUGCUAUUCCCCUGAAUCGGUCUUGAUCAUCGUUGACCAAAAACGGUGAAGACCAUGAUUAUGAUGAGGCAAAAACGUUGCAACCCCGUAGCCCAUUGAUGUAUAAAGUGAAAGUUGACACCCUCUCAAUCAGCAGCACCCUCUCAACUCAUUCACCGGCUUCCAUCCGCCUUCGUUCCCUAAAGACAAGAAAACACGCUCAUUAGCUUCCAUCUUCGAUAUGCAUAUCAGAAAGAUCUCCGCCAUCAUCGCCCAGGCCAGCCUGACGUCGGCCAGUGUUCUGGCUGGACACGACAUGGGCAAGCGCGACAGCUGGGAAGACGCCAAAGCAUUCGCACUCCCUAAGGCAAGCGAGACAGCGGCCAAGUUCAACGCCGCCCCCGAGGCCAUGAUCACCCCCUCCCCUGUUGUUUCCAAGCGCCAGUUCUUCGGCGGCAUCCCUCCAGACGCCGGGUUCGAAAUCGGCCGCCAGCAAGGUCUCGCCGCUGCCCAGGCCGCCCAGGAGCGCGUCGACAGGCUCACCAAUGACUUCAACUCGCGCUUCCCUCCCUUGUUUCCCGGGUUCCGCAACAGCGGCUACAACAACAAGCGUGGCGACGAUAUGGACCAGGGCCAGCAGUACAAUGAUGACCCUGACCGGUGGGAUGACAACAAUGGGGUUUACCAUUCGUAUUACUCUGGGGCUGCUGCGGGUUAUGCCUCUGCUGCCAACGACGGUGCUUACAAGGACGCCACCCAGGCUCAGCAGGGCUGGCAGCGUGGUGCGCCUGACUGGCAGGCUCAUGCCUCGAGCUGGGCUGGUUAUGGGGAUUAUGUUGCUGCUUCUGCUCAUGGUCUGGCUAGUGAGGCAGUUGCUUCUGCGAAUGGUGUUGCUGCUACUGCUGCUGCCGGGUAUGGUGAUGGGGACUGGGAGGGGGAUGUUGCUUCUGCGCAUGGCGUGGCUAGUGGUUAUCAGUCUGAGUAUUACCAGGGGGGUGUUGCUAGCCCUUCUGGGGUGCAGCCCACGGCUUCUGCUUCGCAUGGUACGCAGAUGGUGCAGGUUAAUGAGGGGGCGGCUGGGGUGUCGGGGGGGAGGGCGGUGGGGUUCGUUGUUGGGGUGGCGGGGGUUGUUUUUGGGAUGUUGUAAGCUCUGGGACGGGGGUCGUUCUGUCAAGGGGAAGAGGAGGAGCUUCGAUACCCCUAGGUGGUGGCUUCUCUCUUUCGUUGGGAGGGGGGUUGGUGGGGGAAGUAGGCACACUUGUAAAGUAGCUUGGUGGUGAAGAGUAGGGUGGUAACACUUUUGUGUUUCGAAUCCUUUCUCAUCUGCAUCCAACAGUGGUGAAAGGGAUCUUCUAUGAUUGGAGUGUACAAGAUAUCUUACAUCUGUUUCCACCUUAUCCAAUAC